AAUCAUGCGUAAAAUGAAGUACAUUAUAAGGGACAUGAAAUAAAGAAAGGGAAUUCAGGAAGAGAGACAGAAUGUACAAAAACGAACAAAUUGCUGGUGUAUCAUGAUCAAGAACAAUAAGCACGCUCCACGCUGUACCCUUUCUCGAAUCUGUAGAUUUGAAUUUAAUGCAUUGCAAGGUCGGACAUGCUUCGGAUUCGCUGCCAGCUGAGUGACGUAAAAGCACAAGCAAAUCACCAGUCUGUUAAUUCAGUCCGUCGCGCACAAAGGGCGCCUUUAUAAAAAUGCAACACCGGAUCCUUGGGUCAUUUUGUUACAGAGAGUUGUUUUGUAUAUCUGAAGAUGUCUGGAAGGGGAAAGACCGGUGGUAAGACUCGUGCCAAAGCUAAGACUCGCUCUUCACGAGCUGGUUUGCAGUUCCCAGUCGGCCGUGUUCACAGGCUUUUGAGGAAAGGCAACUAUGCCGAGCGUGUGGGCGCCGGUGCUCCCGUUUAUUUAGCUGCUGUACUGGAGUACCUGACCGCUGAAAUUCUUGAGUUGGCUGGGAAUGCGGCCCGCGACAACAAGAAAACCAGAAUUAUUCCUCGCCAUCUGCAGCUAGCAGUGCGUAACGACGAAGAGCUCAAUAAGUUGCUGGGUGGCGUGACCAUCGCCCAGGGUGGUGUGCUGCCUAACAUUCAGGCCGUCCUUCUGCCCAAGAAGACUGAGAAGCCAGCUAAGAGCAAACUAGAAGACUGACAGCCAUAACAUAUCUGAUGUCACUUCCGUUAUCUGCUUGCCUGGACCUGCCUCUUCCUGCCAGGAGCCCAUAAAACCAGAAGCUCCACCAUCUUGAGCAGUCUACUUUGAGACUCGCAUGAAUCGGAUGUUUUCUUUUGCUUUUUAAUGUGAUUUGAAUCCAUGUUUUGUUUUCAUUAUACCAGACUAGAAGACUGACAGCCAUAACAUAUCUGAUGUCACUUCCGGUAUCUGCUUGCCUGGAUCUGCCUCUUCCUGCCAGGAGCCCAUAAAACCAGAAGCUCCACCAUCUUGAGCAGUCUACUUUGAGACUCGCAUGAAUCGGAUGUUUUCUUUUGCUUUUUAAUGUGAUUUGAAUCCAUGUUUUGUUUUCAUUAUACCAGGUUGGUGCCCCAAAGAUUUCUGAUCUUUUUGUCUCUUUCAUUGCAUUAGAAAUAGAUAUAAUUCUGUCUAAUAAGAUGCAUAACACUUCUAAUGAUCAGAGAAAAUUAUUUGAUCUCCAACUUGCAAAAAGUAUUAGAAGCACACAUUUCCAGAUUUUAUUUAACUCCAGAUGCCUGGGAUGUUAACAUCUCCUAUAAUGACUUCUCUGUUUCCAGGACUCUCACCUGCUGUCACCAUUACUGCUGUUAAUGCAUUUUUACAUUAGUGUGUUAAUUAUUUCAACAGCACCUAACAAUUAAUUUUCCAUGAAUUUACUUACAAAAUAUAAUGUCCAUUAGCAGUUGUUGAAUAACUUAACACAAAGAAAGUACUGAGAAUUCAAGAUGAAAAGAAACAAACCUGCCCUGUGAUUUUUAUAGUCAGAAUAGACAUGAUUUGAUUACUAUAAACUCAAGCACUCUGCCCAUGGCUAAGAUCACUAUGUCAACAUGUUCCUUAUCACAUUGUAUUUGUACUGGCAUUUUGCCAAAGUGGUUUAAUUGUGAAGGAACUACCAGGACAAUAAGUAUAGGUAUUCCACUGUGUGAACUUAAGUCACUUUACCUGCCACUGUGCUAUUGUACUUCACCUGGAAUACAACUUGGGAUAGGGCUUGGUGUAGAAACACCAUACAGACUUCUUUUUAAUUAGCUUACAGAAGUCAUCAUUAUGUUUAAUCACCAGAUGCUUACUUUUUGCUCUGUAAUAGAUUGGUGCACAGUCCAGAGUAUUUUUCUCCUUUGCACCCAGUCUUGCUAGGAUAUGCUGUAGUUCUCCAUAGCCCUUGACUGACCCAUGGAUGUAUUAUGUGGAUUUAAGUUAUGCUAUCUUUAAAACCCAACCUCCGGUUGCAUGGUACUGAGGGUACAUGAUACGCACUGCUGCUUCAAAUUUUAAGAGUUCAGGGUACAAAUCUCAGUGAAUUACUGCUUUGUUUCUUAGUAUCAUAGUAUAGGAUAGGGCACUGCUGCUCAUGGGAAGUGACACCAAAGAUAUUGUAAGCCUUAGAGCUCAAAUAUGAAAGCAUUCAUUCUUCUUAUUAGACUCUGCAGUACAUACCUAUAACAUUGUAGAUUGCCCAGCAGGGUGUUGGCAGCCACAUGGCUUAAGUCACCAGAACUGUAGCUUUGUCUCACUUUCACUGUGAUAAUUUUCCUGUGUAAAAUGGUAAUGCUCCUAUACCAUGUUAAUCAAAAUGAAAUAUGCUUUAUUUUAGUGUUUUUUCAACCUAGCUGCAUGUUCAUAUAAGUAUGUUUCUGCUGUUGUAUGCAUCUGAAUGUCCCAUUGGGAUUAAUAAUAUUUAUCUAA